AUGGUUGUGAAGGAUUACAUGUUAGCAUCUGGGAAGGUAGAAAGUUGGUUUGUAAUAGUUGAAGCGAAAAACACAACAGCAUAUAAGAUUCCAUUUAAUCAUUUGAAUUAGAUUUUUGAUAUUUUGAGACUGAACUUUCCUUGUUAUUUAGAAAGAGUGUUUAUCUUGCAACCUUAGACAUCUAUUUAAAUUGCAUGGCAAAUAGUAGAGUAGUUUAUUCCUUACAAUUCUCGUCACAAAAUAGAGUUUAUUGAAAACGACUAUUCACUCUUAUUCAACUACAUUAAACCAAAAUAAUUGGAAUAACGACAUGGCGGUAGGGCUCCGAAUGUAUAUGAUUAUUGGCCACCUCAUAUUGAGGAUUUUAAUGAGGUGGAAUUCUAAUAGAAGUAGAAAAUGGAAACACAAAAGAUUAAAGAAUAAAUAAACGUACUUUAGAAAGUGAUGCCUUUUUCUUCAAAUAUUGAUACUACAGUUUCAGAUUUAUUAAGAAAGUAGUAUAAACCUAAAACCAAGAUUUAUCAAUUGGAAACCUAUUUGGAUACAACAAACUAUUUUGUAAAUAAAUCAAUGUCUAACACUCGAUUAUUGAAUGGACCAAAGAAGGAACAUGUACUCUCAAAUCAAAGUGACCAAUAGUUAUUAUAGCAAUUGAAAAUGCAAGAGGUGAAUAUGUCUCUGGAAUAGAGGAGUGCAAAUUAUAAUUAUUAAUAAGGGGCUUAUUUUUCUUAGCAACCUUAAUAAUAGGCGACAGUACCUCUCUAGAGUAGAUUUGUGGGUUCGAAAACAAAGUCAAAUGAGUCAUAGGGUUCAAUUUUGAAUGCAGCGAAUCAGAAUGGAUUAUUACAAUCAAGAUUUGUUGGUUUAAGAACCUAGCAUUUGGUGGCGAAUAAGGACAUUAGCAUAAUAGUGAACAGAGAAGAUAGAAUAUUGAACCAAUUAAUGUGA